GUCACACACACUCCCUACUUCCAUCACACACACACAACUAGGAAGAAAGUCUUUCUUUCUUUCUUUCUUUCUUUGCUUUUUUUUUCUUCUUCUUUGCUAAAGCCAUGGUCAUGACGAAAAGGCAGAUCUUUGUAGUUUUCAUGGUCUUAGUUUUGCUUGUUGCACUGGUUUGUGCAAGUCAUGUUACUAUAAACGAAGAAGAAGAAGCUGACAGGAUAUUGCAACUUCCUGGGCAGCCUAAGGUCUCUUUCCAGCAGUACUCAGGCUAUGUUACUGUAAAUCAUGUUGCUGGUAGAGCCCUCUUUUACUGGCUCACUGAGGCUGACCAUAACCCCUUGUCAAAACCCUUGGUAAUUUGGCUUAAUGGAGGCCCUGGUUGCUCCUCUGUGGCAUAUGGCGCAUCAGAAGAAAUAGGCCCAUUUAGAAUAAACAAGACAGCCUCAGGAUUGUACUACAACAAGUUCUCAUGGAACACUGUGGCCAACCUCUUGUUCCUGGAAACUCCAGCAGGAGUUGGCUUCUCUUAUAGCAACCAGUCAUCCGAUCUUUUCAACUCCGGCGAUCGACGCACUGCCAAGGAUUCUCUGGAAUUCCUAUUACGAUGGUUGGAUCGUUUCCCCCGUUACAAGCAAAGAGAAGUCUAUAUCACAGGCGAGAGCUAUGCAGGACACUACGUUCCUCAGCUGGCCAAAGAAAUUAUGAUGUAUAAUAAACAUUCCAAGUAUCCCAUAAAUCUCAAAGGAAUAAUGGUUGGCAAUGCAGUCACAGACAACUACUAUGAUAACCUAGGGACAGUGACAUACUGGUGGAGCCAUGCCAUGAUCUCCGAUAAAACAUACAGGCAGCUCAUCAACACAUGUGAUUUUACGCAUCAAAAGGAAUCGAAUGAAUGUGAUUCGGUGUAUAGUUAUGCCAUGGAUCAAGAAUUUGGUAACAUUGAUCAAUAUAACAUCUAUGCACCCCCUUGCAACAAAUCUGAUGGUAGCAAAGCCACUCGCCAGACUAUGCGGUUGCCUCACAGACCCCAUCAGACUUUCCGGCAAAUGUCCGGGUAUGAUCCUUGUACGGAAAAAUAUGCUGAGAUUUACUACAAUAGGCCAGAUGUGCAGAAAGCACUCCAUGCCAACAUAACUAAAAUUCCUUAUAAGUGGACUGCUUGCAGUGAGCUUUUGAAUCGAAAUUGGAAGGACACAGAUGUAUCCAUUCUUCCAAUUUACAGGGAAAUGAUAGCCGGUGGUUUGAGAAUUUGGGUUUUUAGUGGUGAUAUCGACUCAGUAGUGCCAGUUACAGCCACUAGAUAUUCCCUUGCACAACUAAAAUUGGAAACCAAAAUUCCAUGGUAUCCUUGGUAUGUUAAGAAGCAGGUCGGAGGCUGGACAGAGGUAUAUGAAGGGCUAACAUUUGCUACAGUGAGGGGGGCAGGCCAUGAAGUACCACUUUUCAAGCCCAGGGCAGCCCUUCUGCUAUUCAAAUCAUUUAUCAGAGGGGAGCCUCUUCCAAAGUCUUGAAAAAAGAUGUCUUACUUUUUAAUUUUUUAAGAAUUGUUACUGUUCAACUUCUUUGAAUUGUUGUUAUUGUAGAAAAGGAAAAGUAAUUUUUAAUUGUUAACAAACCAGUCAAGAGAGACUCUGAUUGUGUAAUAUUAAAAAAAAAAAAAAUGUAAUGGAAGAAUUCAGGUUAUAUUUGCA